CACAUGACAGCAGAGGGCGUAGUGAAGGGAGGCUUCAUUUUGAUAUUAACGUUAGCUGUUGGAGGAUGCACGCAAGGACAAGGAAGAAGUGUGAGAGCUGCACAGUGUGAGAGGUGAUCUUCCCCAAGUCUGCUGGCUUGGUGGGUGUGUAAGGGUGAAUGUUUGUAUGGACUGCAUGCAGAUUUAAGACCCUGGCCUGAUGGAAAAGAGAGACAGGAAGCCGGGAUAUUUUGCCAGGCUGAAGAGGCGGAGACAGCUCAAGCAGAGCCAAUCAGACAAGUCUGUGACUGAGCAGAACACGGCAAUCAUUUCCUGUCCAGACAUCCCAAAUGACGGCGACCCCAACAAGAAGACGGACUUACAGAGAACAGCAAAGCCACAUGCAGGCUCAGAUGAUGGCUGUAAAAGUAACAAUCAAGCAAAGAAGGAGAAGAAGAGACCACCAGGGACGGUGGAGUUCAUUGUGGGAGCUGAUGAUUCCCUCAACAGCAUUGCACUCAAGUUCAACAUCACCCCAAACAAGCUGGUCCAGCUGAACAAGCUCUUCUCUCGCAGUGUUUACCCCGGUCAGAAGCUGUUUGUCCCCGAUGUGAGCCAGUCAGAAGCUGGCCUAAAGUCUCAGAGUUCCUCUGAUCCCUCCCUCACAAAUGGCUUAUCAGAGAAAGCAUCUCAUGACGGCGUUUCAAACUGCACGUCAGCAAAGUCCCUCCGACGUGAGCUCUCCCCAAACUCAGAGGAUGAGAGCCCGGAAACGGUUAAAUUCAUCAAGAUGAGCUGCAAAUACUUCACUGAUGGCAUGGGAGUGGUGGGAGGCGUGCUGAUUGUGACACCCAACAACAUCAUGUUUGACCCGCACAAGUCAGACCCCCUGGUGAUCGAGCACGGCUGCGAGGAGUACGGCCUGAUCUGCCCCAUGGAGGAGGUCGUGUCUGUGGCGCUGUAUGACGACGUGUCGCGCAUGAAGCUCAAAGAUGCUCUGCCAUCAGACCUACCCCAGGAUUUGUGUCCUGUGUACAGGCCGGGCGAGUGGGAGCAACUUCCGUCAGAGCGAGAUCUAAACCCCUUCAGCCGCUAUGAAGCUCUCGAUCCGAAGCGACCAAUUGUCUUGGACGACAUUGAAUCAACCCUCUCAGAAACUGCGAGCACAGAGGGCGAGCAGACAGCAAAGUCUCCGUCAGAUGAAGGAUUCACAGAAUUGGAGCCGACUGUCAACGGGAGCACUGAAGAGGCAGAGGGGACGUCCUCCAAUACACUCAGCACUGUCAACAGGGACCAACAGGAAGUAGGACCAAGCUGCCCAGGCCAGGGAGACUUACAGGACAAGUCGAUUCUUGGUCAAACUAAAGGGAAACUGGAUGAUGAAGAGGAUGAGGGUGUAGCUCAGAACAGCUCUAUUGAGGAUGGAGAGUCAAUACAAUCAUCUGUAGAGACUGAAAAACGGGUCGAUAAACCUACAAACCGAGAGGAAACCAAAGAUAUAAAACCUAAAGGGACUGAAGAGCUGCUAAACGGUGCACAUGAUGAGAUAAUCAGCGCACCAUUGGACCAAAACAGGAAAUUAAGUCUGAAGGAAGCUUCGGAGGUUUGUGGCGACUCGAGUCCGAAGAGAGGAAGCCCAGAUGGAUCAGCAGAUGGAGCUGAACUCAGUGAGGAGGAGAGACGGAAGAAAAGCUAUGACGCUGAAGUGAAGUCAUGGCUGCUGGAGAGGAUGCAGGCUCCAAUAGAAGACUUGCUUUUCUCAUCAGAGGAGAAGAGUAAAAUCCCGCCUAUGUUCCUGUGCUUCAAAGUGGGGAAGCCAAUGAGGAAGUCUUUUGCCACUGGGAUGACCUCUAGCCCCGCCCACUCUUUUGGGGCCCGGGGUAAACAGCCGGAGUACUGGUUUGCUGUGCCACAAGAAAGGGUGGACCAUCUGUAUGCAUUCUUUGUCCAGUGGUCUCCAGACGUGUACGGGAAAGAAGCUCGAGAGCAGGGCUUUGUUGUUGUGGAGAAAGACGAGCUGGACAUGAUAGACAAUUUCUUCAGUGACCCUGCGUCCUGCAGCUGGGAGAUCAUCACCAUCGACGAGGCCAAGCGUAGGCAGAGUUUCGGCAGCUGUGACGGAGAUUUGUCAGUGGACGCGCUGCCCAUACUCAGUGACACCAGUGACCUGCUGCAGGAUACACACAUUGAGAAGCUUGCCUGUCGCCUGCCAGCCCGUGUGCAGAUUUACCCCUGGAGACUGGUCUACAGCACGGUGAAGCAUGGGACCAGCCUGAAGACUCUGUACAGGAGCCUGGCGGACGUGGACAGCCCUGUGCUGCUGGUCAUCAAAGACAUGGACAACCAGAUAUUUGGGGCUUUCUCGACUCAUCCCUUCAGAGUGAGUGAACACUGUUACGGCACGGGAGAGACAUUCCUCUACAGCUUCUGUCCUGAGAUCAAGGUGUACCGCUGGACAGGAGAGAAUUCUUACUUUGUGAAGGGCAAUACUGACUCUCUCCAGAUGGGAGGAGGAGGUGGUCAGCUGGGUCUGUGGCUGGACUCUGAGUUGUACCGUGGCACCACCACCAAAUGCGCCACCUUCAACAACCAGCCGCUCUCCGCCCAGCAGGACUUCAACAUCCACAGUGUGGAGGUCUGGACCUUCGAGUAGCCUCACCUGCUCUCAGCUACUUCUCCGACAUUCACGCUCCGCUCCAAACCUUCAGACACCCCCAAGUCUAUUACGCACCACUUGGAGGCGAACCUAGCUCCCCCACAAUGACACUUGAUGUUGUGUGAGAGAAGCCUGUGCAGUCGUUACGUUGACCUGAAACGUCCGUCUUCUGUAGCGUGUUUCAAGGUGAGUUUGACCCACAGGUUCCUGGUUCCAUGUCUGGUUCCUCUUUCCUGUAAAGGUGGAGAAAAUGUUGCUCUCAGUUUAUUGGCUGCCAUAGACAUCUGUCGACGCCUCCAGCUUUCCCAGCAUGCAGACUGCCUUACCACCAUAAGCUCACGAGGAGAGAGAAGAGGAAGGCUGCUCAUGUUACUGUUGAGGUUAUCCUAAAAAGAUUUUAAGUGUGUGUAUGAAAGAACAAAGUUUCCAAAAAUGCUGUAGGUUGAUUUGUGCAGAAAUAAUGGUGUAAUUACUUUGGCAAUGUACAGGAUUAUUUGCUGAAGGCAUUUUUUGUUGUUUUUUUUUUAAUGACAAUGAAUUUCAAACUGAAAAGGAAGUGGAAAUUGCCGGGGAGAAUUUUUUAGGAUCCUCCACUGUUAAGUUUCAGAGCUGAAAAUGUUGUAAUCGUUUACAAUGAAAGUGCUGCGCUUCCUCUGAAGGCCAUCUCUUAUUUUUGAGUUUUAGAUGAACUGAAUGAGAUUGUUCCAUUGCAUUUCCUCACUAGUACUUGUCAUGUUUUACUUCCCCGUACAAUCCAAAACAUGUGGCAAAGCCAGGUUUGCAAUGACCAAAUAUGUUUUUAUUUUAAUUUUCACAUGUUGUGAGUUCAUCAUAUUUUAUAAAAUAUUUUA